AUGUGUACAAAUGAUGAUCUAAAUGAUAAAAAAAAAAAACCAAAUCAAUCAAUAAAUAUAUGUCAAGUGUGUGGAGAUAAUGCAUCAAUAAUUAAUUACGGAGCUUUGUCUUGUUUAUCAUGUCGUACAUUUUUUCGUCGGAAUGGUUUACCUCAUAAAGAGGUUCCAGCAUGUCGUUAUGAUGGUGAUUGUGAAGUUAAUAUGUUAACAAGAAAAGUUUGCCAAGCAUGUCGUCUUGCUAAAUGUCUUGCUGUAGGCAUGAAAUCAGAUUUAAUUCGUAAAGCAGAUUUAACUAGGGAAAAACAAAAGUCUGGCAAAUCGAAAACUGAAGAAAUUGCUGUGGUGGCUAUACCACAACAAUCUGCAUUGGAUCGACCACCCGAUGGAGAUUUAUUUCUUAAUGCUUCAGAUUGGACUCUGAUAUCUAAUAUUGUACAUGCUUUUGAUACAUUUAGUCCUGUAUCUGAAGUACGACGUACAAUUGAAAAUUCAACAACAUCAGCAUCAAAUAUUCAAUAUGAUAUAUCUCAAUCACUUAAUUUAAUGUCAUCAUUUUAUAAUUCUUUACAAUCAUUUAUAAGUUCAACACCUGAUUUUAAGGUACUUACAUUAGAUGAACAACGUUCGUUAUUUCAACGUAAUAUGCUUGGCCUUUUAUGUGUUGGUGGAAUGUAUUUAAUGCGUGAAUCAGGUAUAUUUGAUAAACCUGAAAAUGAAUCAGUAAUGUUGCCAUUAUAUGGUAUAGAAGUAACUCAACAAGCGAGAUUAAUUUGUCGACAACUCAAUUUUGAUCCAGUACUUAUAAAAGUUAUGCUUGUUGCUCUUGCUUUUUCUUCCAAUUGUUACAUGAUACAUAAUCGUGGAAAUAUUGAUAAGGAUAGUUUAUUAUUAGGUACAUUUCGUUUAUUAGGAAGUCAAAAUGUUUAUGUUGAACUUACCUGGAAAUAUUUAUUGCAUACAUAUGGUUAUAAUAUAGCAGUACAAACAUUUUCUAAACUUAUCAAACAACUUCUUGACACACUUGCACUUGCAAUUGAUAUGUAUACAAACAAUCACGAUCAUCAAAUUUUUAUUGAUGGUAUAAUUAGACAAAAUGAAAUACCUUGGAUUAUUGAUGAAAAAGCAACUAUACCAUUAUGGGGUAAAAAAUUAUAA